AGAGGGGGGUGGUGUGAUCAGGACUGAGCAGGCAGAGCUUGUUUUACUGCAGUAUCGGCACAUUGUUGCUGCACUGCUCUUUCUCUCUGCGGUAUGCGCACUGCACUGGUGGGUGGGCAGAACGCCGGGAUUUACAGAGGGAGCAAGACAACCUGUGCUGCACGCAAACUGUGACAAGAUCUACUUUCACUCAUACCGCCUUUUAGUCCUAGCUCGCUUGAGUGCUCAGGUUUCGGCAGAGUGCCUUGGGAAUCGAUUUAUACACACCGCAUACAUUUUCCAUUUAAAAAAAGGCUUUCCAUUGAGACCUAAAAGAUCGUUUUAACCCAUUCUCCACACUAUUCAAGUGUUGAAUAGCUCUCAUCUCCUGCAUUUUAUUACUCUCAAAGAGAGUGUUUGCCCCGAGGCGUUUGACUCUGUGAGUGCACAUUUAUUUCGUCCAGGACCUCAAGCAACAAAAUGGCAAAGGAUGGUAAGAAGAGCGAAUGGAAAGAGUUCAUCUGGAACCCGAGGACCCGUGAGUUCUGCGGUAGGACCGCCAGCAGCUGGGGUCUGAUCCUGCUGUUUUACCUGGCAUUCUACAUUUUCCUGGCUGGAUUAUUUGCUCUCACCAUGUAUGUAAUGUUGCAGACACUCGAUGACCACAAACCAACAUACCAGGACAGACUUGCAACUCCAGGGGUGAUGAUCAGACCUAAAGCAGAGCAACUGGAGAUCACUUACAAUGCAGAGUACACAGAGACCUGGGAAAAAUAUGUCCAGGCCCUUAAUAACUUCCUUUCACCUUACAAUGACUCAGUCCAGGACCAGAAAAAUUAUGAUUGUAAACCGGAUCAGUACUUUAUCCAGGAGGACAGUGGCAGUGUGACAAACUUCCCCAAGCGCUCCUGUCAAUUCAAACGUUCCAUCUUGGAGGAAUGUUCAGGUAUAAUGGAUCGUUACUAUGGUUACAACUUGGGCCAGCCUUGCAUCAUCAUCAAGCUAAACCGAGUGAUCGGUCUGUUACCUGGGAAGGAAGGAGAGGCUCCUUUCGUCACAUGUGGUGCUAAGAAAUACAAAGUUGGGAAAGAUGAGUGGGCUGAUGACUCAGAUAAAAUCGGUCAACUGAUGUACUUUCCCGCCAAUGGCACCUUCAACCUCAUGUACUACCCAUACUAUGGCAAGAAAGCCCAGGUAAACUACUCUCAGCCUCUAGUGGCCAUUAAGUUCCUCAACAUCACAAAGAAUGAGGACGUCAACGUGGAGUGCAAGAUCAGUGCUAACAACAUUCCUGAGGGCAGUGACCGAGACAAGUUUGCUGGACGCAUUUCCUUCAAACUGAGGAUCAACUCCAGGGAUUAAUAAGAAGAAAGUGUGUUCCCUAAUUUUACACAGACACACACAUGCACACACACAUCCUCUCCAUCUAACAGAGUUUAUGACUAUGCGCAGAAGACACAGUGAGACAUUGGCCAGACACAAGAGUGCUCAGCCCAUACAGAACAGAGAUAACGGUUCUGUUUUGUGUGUAUUUAUGUGUGCACAUAAAUGUCUGUGUGUGUUUUUGCAUGUGUGAUUUGGGAUAUUAUUUAUUUUCUUAAACACAAAGUUUAAUUGCAUGCUAAGCAAAGACAUAUUAAUGAAAAAUGAUAUACUAAAUUAAAAUAAUAUUAAAAAAUAAAGGGAUAUAAUUUUUUAAUGGAGAACAAUCAGUACCUAAUACAAAAUGCUAAAAAUGAUUCCAUAUAAUUUCAGAGCAGAUGUCUAAGUUAAAGGGAUAGUUUACCCAAAAACAAAAAUCCUGUCAUCAUUUACUCACCCUCGUGUUGUUCCAAAACUGUAUGACUUUCUUUCUUUCUUCUUUUGGGGUUUGGGUUAGAAACAACAUGAUAGUAAGUAAAUAAUGACAGAAAUGUCAUUUCUGAGUGAACUGUCCUUUAAUGUGCUAGGAUGGCAUGAUCUUGCGUGUUUGGAGCAUCUGUAACUGCUGGGGAUUUUUUCAUUUUGUUUUGUUUUCAAGAGUGUCAUUGAAACUCUAUGGCUGUAUUGCUAAAGAGGAUAUUUUAUAGCAACACGUAGAUAACACAUUGCAUGAUGAACAUAAGCUCUGCAGAAUAUGCACAAACACACAUAAAUGUGACAAUCAGACAAGCACCUGCACACUGAUCCAUUCACAACCAUUUCUGCAUUCCUAUUCAUUCCUGCAUUUCUUUCAGACUGUACUAUUAUAUGAUGAAAUGUAUCAAACCUGUGCUUCAUUUAUCAUCAGACAUGUCUAUUUAAGUUUGUUUAUAUGUAUAAAUAGGUCUUUUUCAGUAUUUUUCUUCUUUCUUUCCAUGUUUAAUCCAAUUUGUCUGACAUUGUGAGGGGUUAUGAUAUUUUACAUUAAUUUGAAGCAGGCCUGGGUGCUGUUCAGCAAAAUGGGUAGAUAAAAAGUGUGUUUGAGAUGUGUGUGAGAAUAUGUGUGUGUGGAUUUCUGCUUGUGCAUGUGUGUUUUGUUUGAUUUAAUUUCUUGUUUUAUGUAAAACAUCUCUGUGCACAGUUUAUUCUCUGAGUACUUUUUCAUUAUGUUGUAAGUUACUCAAAGCAUAACUAUAGAAACAAAAAGCGAGAGCAGGAACAGCAGGUUUAUGUUUCUGCUGAUGAGGAAGAUAGAAGUGAAGCCACACCAGGCCUCACCCUGCAUGAGUCAAUAAAGCAAAAACAAAGUCACCCAAUUUAUUUUGCAUCAUUUUAUGUCAUCUCUGUCUUUUGAGUUUCCUUAAAGAUAUAAACUUCUAAACAGAGGACAUAAUCUCACCCCCAUGUAGAGGGUGUGUCAUAUGUAGAGCUCCAUGGCCUGAGGUUGUAUCUGGUCUACAGUCAUGCAGAGAACUAAUACCCCAUAAGAAAGAGCACACUGCUGCUCAGUGUCAUACAGUACAUCCUUUGACAUGAGUCUGCCCAAAUACACUUCCUCUAAUGCCCUAAUCCUUUAAUUUAAUUGGAUAAUCCUAAAUAGGUAUGGUGCUUUACACCAACAUUUGCUCAACACAACCAUUCAUCCAUCCAUCCAUCUAAUUAUUAUUCACAUGCAUUAAGGUCACAAAGUUAGGUGUAAACUGACUUACUGAGCAAUAUUCAAUUUAGUGACAAAAUGCAUUACAUUUGAUCACAUUCACUAGUUUGUCUGAAUAUUACAUAUUUUAUGUGUGUGUGCACAGUGCAGGUGUUAUCUGAUCCAUCAAAGAAAGGUUCAAACCCACAAAAUUAAAUAUUCAUUUACCUCAAGAUCAUAUAUCAUUAACUCAACUCUUUACAAUAGUUUACUUAAAAAAAUAGAAAUCAAAACAGGGUCAGAAAUUAACAGGUGCAAAUAAUGCCACCGAAAGAGAAAAUAAUGCCACCAAAAUACAAAAUGUGGGUUGCCCUCAUAAUAAAUGUAUUUAUGUUUUAUUUGUGACAUCUGAUAUAUUAUAUUCUAGGCUUAAGUACACAUAUUGUAGCAUAAAAUAUAUGAUAUAAUUACUCAUAUUGAUAUUGUUAAGUAUUUAACAAAUUGAUGAAACACAGUAUAUGAUUAUAAAACAAAUGUUCUCAUUAAGGUAAAAAAUAUUACUGAAAAUCAAAUCAAGUGGGCAAAUCUUGCCCUUUCAUGAAAAAUUGAAUUUCUGACACUGAAUCAACAUCAUUAUUCUAAUUAUUAUUAAAAUUUCUAAAGAAUACAGUUAACUUCAGCGUGAUAGCAUACACAAAAAGUCAAAAGCAAAAAAAAAAAAGAAGAAGAAAUGGAUACAUUACAAAUGCAGCAUGCAAGCUAUGGAAUAAUGGGCGGAGUUCGGAUUUUUUUUUUUUUUUUUUCGGAAAAGACAUGGUUUUAUAAAAACUGCCCCUGGAGCAACAUUUGUGCUAGCCCUCUCUUAUGCUACCAAAUUUUUCUAUGGGUCAACUACACAUUCGUUUUAAUAUACAGGAAUCUUCUUAAAAGCAAUGCACUUAUAAUUUGGGUCCAUUUUAUGCAUUUAUAAAAGUCAAAAAUAUGUGUAUUUUCCUUAUGGCUGAUCAAGAAGAGAAUGAUGUAUUAGUAUUUAAAUGAAUAUAUAGAUGACAAUGGCUAUAUGUAUUUUAAAAACAUCAUAUAGAAGAGAUUCUAUAUUUUUUAAAACCUUCUAUUUUAUUGGUCAUCUAUGGGAAAAAAACAAAACAUGUUUCUGCUUGGGAAUGUAAGAUGGAUAUUUUGACUUUAGUCCCAGCGGAGUGUUUUAAGCUUUGCAGUGCUUAUUGUAAAAUACAGGGAGGUUGCCAGACUUAUCAGCACAGGAAUGUAAUAAAUCUUUGUUGCUAAAAUAAUUUGGAUCUGAUUGUGACCUUUACAAUACCAAAGUACAUACAACAAUGCUUCAUAUACUUACGAAUGUAACACUGACAAGACAGGUCUUGAUAUGUAAUGCUGGUGAUCAUACUGAGAUCUGUUUUGAUCUGUUUUCACUGAAAAAACAGUGAACAGACAAGAUGUUAUCAAGAUCAAAUGGUCUUUCCUUUCUCAAAUUCUCCAGUGAACACGAUAAUAAUGCUUUUGGAAGCAAGAUUGGAUUCCACAGAUUCACUUAAUGUACAUUAAGCAUUAUGUAUAUUAGUGCUGUGGUUUGGAUUUGAUGCAUCUGAAGUGAUUGAGUGGGUAAUGUGAACAGGUUCAGGCUUCAACAACAUGCACAUGAACACAACUGCAAUAUUCUUUCAAGGUUCAUACAGUGUUCACACAGCACUGGACCUUCACACAGUAGAAUCUGGGGUGAAAUGUUUGAUGAACAAUAAAAGACUGGAAUUUGUUUUUGUUUUGUUUUUUAUCUGAAACUGUAAACUAGUUUAAGUCCAUUCUAUUAACAUCUUAUAUAUCUCAAUACGCUAAAUCCAAUGUAGUAAAAUAUCAAGUAAUAAAACUCAAGAAAACACUG